CAUUAAAUAGGUUUAAUGACGUUUUGAAUUUACAAUUAUAUUGAGUACUCAUUAUAUGUGAUGUUCUAAAUUCAAAUCUACUUUGCCGCUCAAGCGAAUAAAAUAGAAUUUUCCAGCCAGAUUUCGAAGCGCAAAAUUACACUUUCCGAGGUGGUGGGAUGAAAAAUAUAUUAUGACUAAUUGAGAACCUCCUACUUUUGGAAGUCAGUUUAAAAGAGACAAGUAGCCCAAAACCACAAACAUUUGAUGUUGCUAUUGCAACAUAAGCUACAAUCAUAAACAAAAACAUACCAAUAAGUAAAAAAUAUCUGAGCAGUUUUGGAUUUUUUGGUAUAAUCGAAAUCCAAAUUUUGAUUAGCGUCAUUAAUUAACUACAAUUAAGAAAAUUUCAUAAGCUUCAAAAUUAUGUUUUAAACUUCAAAAUUAAGUCUAGGGCCAAUACCAACAGCUUACAUAUCGCAGAAUUCUCUACUCAGACUCAAAAUUUAUUUUUGUUAUAUUUUUAGGCAAAGUUUAAUAUUGCUCUAAAAUUGUGUACGAUGGCAGCACAUAAUGCGUGCUACUACAAAUGAAUAAGUGUAAUCUCGAAGGGCGAAUCACAGAAGUAUAAUUUAAUGUUAUUAAUGUUUUUGUUAAGUUCGUAGCGUUGAGUGGGUAUGCAUGUCUGGAUUAGAUCCCAGCUAUCGGCAGAGGCUCGAGCUGUAAGCGGCGGCACGGCGGCGGCGGCGGCCGGGCUCCGUCUGCCAUCCACAGAUCGAUAAUAAACCUCGUCACGAAGCAACAGAAGAAGUACACAGCUCUAUAUCGUUUAGCUUAUAACGUAGUCUUUUAAUAACUUUUUGCAUGAUAGUUAAACCAUAUACGUUAUAUAGCUUACCUAUAUUAUGUGUAAAAACAGGACGUUUUCUAAAUAAUCACGAGAUCUCUAAAACGAGGUGACUUAAGAAGCUCUGGUGGUCGAAUCAUAGGAAGCAGUGAACAGCAAUGGAGGGCGGCGGCGGCGUGGGCAGCGUGGCGUCGCUCACGAUGGACUGCGAGGACAUGUUCAAAGAGAUCACCAAAAAGCUGUACGGCGAGGAGGCGGUGGGAGUGGGCGGCGUGGUCGGCGUGGGCGGCGUGGUCGGCGUGGAGUUCCCCGCCGCCGAGCGCGACCUGGACGAUGACCUCCGCCCCGAGGAGCACAUCACGGCCUGGGGACUCGCCGCGCUCAUGCAGAACGGGUUCCCACCCCCCGGGAUUUUACAGGCGAACUUCACGCCGCGCAUAGACACGAGCGCGGAGGACCGCUGGUCGGCGGCGGAGGAGCCGCUGGCGUGGGCACACUCUCGCGUGGCCGCGUACAACCCCGCGCAGCGCCUCUUCAAGUGCGCCGACUGCGAGUGCGUCGGCUUCCUGGCGCGCAUCGCGGAGCACUGGCUCGGCACGCACUCGCAGGCGCGUGCGUUCCAAUGCCCCGUAGCAGGGUGCGGGUUCGCGUCGGGAUGGGCGCGCGGGGUGCGGGGACACCUGGCGCGCGACCACCACUCCGACCCCGCCGCCGCCGACCAUCUGCUGCGCGACAACCCCGCGCUCGACGACCUCACGCGCUACCUGCAGCGGCUCAAGAACAAGGUCGAAGCCCGGAACGAGAGGCGGAACAACGGGGGCGGUGCCGGUGGCGGGGGCGCGGAGGCGGCGGCGCCGGCGCCGGUGGAGGCGGGGGAGGCGGGCAAGCGGUACGCGUGCGCCUCCUGCCCCUACGCCACCGACCGCCGCGACCUCUUCACGCGCCACGAGAACAUCCACCGCGACGAGAAGCCCUUCCACUGCUACCUCUGCCAGAAGCAGUUCAACCGCGCCGACCACGUCAAGAAGCACUUCCUGCGCAUGCACCGCGACCAGCCGUACGACUUGAACCGCAUCCGGCGCUCGCCGGCGAAGCCCCCGCCGGCAGCGGCGGCGCCGGCGCCCGCGCUGCACUACUACAGCAAGCCGCCGGCGGAGCCGCCGCCCCCCACGCUGGAGUUCCGGCCGGCGCCCGCCCCCGCCCCGGCCCCGGCCCCGGCCCCGGCGCCCGCCCCCGCCCCGGCCCCGGCCCCCGCGCCCGCUCCGCCCAUCAAGCUGGAGCGCGCGCCGGUCAGCAAGGUGGAGCCGGCGCCGCCCCCGCAGCCGCACCACAAGCAGCCCGCCACGCAUCAAGCCCCCGCCCAAGCACCGGUUCGACGAAAGGGCGAGCGUCGGUACGCGUGCUGCUACUGCACGUGGUCGGGCGUGGACAACUGGUGCCUGAAGCGUCACCUCAACACGCACCUGAAGCCGUUCGCGUGCGCGCUCUGCGAGUACAAGGCGGCGCGCGCCGAGAGACUCGCCACGCACGUGCACAAGGUGCACAACAAGAAGGCCUGCGCCAAGUGCCCCUUCCUGGCCGACGACCAGGCGCAGCUCGCGCUGCAUCUCCGCGAUGCACAGUCAGUACUCUGCACCACUGUUACGUUAUAAUACGUGCCAAACUUCUUGAGCGACGACAGCAGAAAAGGAAGCCUGUUCAGUAGCAAUUUCACAUGCUGAAACGUCUCCUGCGCAAGUAUAUUUCUUUGUGGUUUUGCUCAACAAGUUUGCCGCUGCGGUAUACCCACAGACCACCUGUCUAUUCCGUUUUAUAGAUAUCUUAGAGAAUAACCUCAUCCACCUGAUAAUAUGUAUGGACAAAGAUCAAUUCAUCAUCAUCAUCAGCCUAUUAAUGUCCCCACUGCUGGGGCACAGGCCUUCCCUAUGGAUGGAAUAGGGAGAUUGGGCCGUGACCCACCACGCGGGCCCAGUGCGGAUUGGUGGGCGCUAACGACUGCAGAUGCAGCCGGGACCAACGGCUUAACGUGCUUUCCGAAGCACGGAGGAGCUCGAGAUAGUAAAUUUUUGGUCACCCAUCCAAUGACCGACCACUGCGAAAGUUGCUUAACUUCAACGAACGCAGCCGAACGCGCUAACCACUUGCGCCAUCGAGCUCCUAUAUAUAUAGAUAUAUAUAUAAAGAUUACUUACAGAGACAAAUUUAAUGCGUCCAGCUCUUCUUCAAUAAACUAUCGAAAUCAUUUUCUAAAUAUCUAAAUACUGCGUAAUACUUAAAUUUUCAUUUCCGGAUGUGAAUGAGUAUUCAUUCAACAUUAUCAUCCUAUUAAUACCCGACUGCUGGAGCCGCACAGGUCUUCCUUAUGGGUGGAAUAAGAGGAUCGAGCUAUGAUCUACCGCGUAGCCUAGGACGGAUCGGUCGGUGUUAACGACUGCAGAUGCAGCCGGGACCGACAGUUUAACGUGCUUUCCGGAACAGAGAGGAAAUUUGAGUUAAUACAUUUUUGGUCACUUAUUAGAGGAUUGUGGAGCGACUAUUGCGGCAGCUGCAUAACUUUCACUAUGACGCAUGCCGAACGAGCAUUAUCAUUUACAGAUUUCUAAGGUGAGGCCAGAUUGCAAACUGUGUCAACGGGCUAUCACGCUCGUACAAAAACAGUUAUCACACGUAGGGAAUGAUAUCUCGAAGUGGGAAAACGUAGGUGUUCCAGGAGGAGGAUGAUGGCCUACCUUAUGCGGUAGUAAUUUUUAAUGAUUGAUGCGUUUCGAUCUGCAGUCACAUCGAGAGCCGCAACCUGAAGGUGCCUACUACGGGCGUGACGCGCGUCGCCGGCAACACGUUCACGGCGGGCCCCAGCGGGGACGCCGGCGUCGGCGCGGCGGGGGCGGGGGUGGGGGUGGGCGUGGGCGCGGGGGUGGGCUCGGUGACGGCCGGCGGGGGAGGGGCCGGGGAGGGGUCCGGCGCGGGGGGGAGGCGGAGGGAGGGGCGCGCGGCGGGGGCGGCGCGGCUGUUCGGAUACCUGGAAGCAUCGGACGGGUCGGGCGACGAGUACGAGGCGGCGCUGGGCGGGGAGUUCGCGCCGCCCGCCCCCGCGCCCGCGUCGGCGCCGCAGCACUACCGCGACAAGGAGAACGCCGCGCCCAUGCACCACGCCGUGCACCACGACCACUGCCUGCGGUACUGAGGGGGCCCCGGGGCUCGCGGUCCUGUACCACUGCCAGGGAAGGAAAACGGUCGCGGAGACGUGCUCUGGUGUUAUGUACGAUUGUAUCGACCGAAGCUGCUCGGGUCGAAGCCGGAAUACAUUGGAAAUCGGUCGAAUUUCAUUCUGGAUUUCUGAAAACUAUCGUGCGAGGUGGCUUCGUUUGUUCGCUUCUUCCUUGUUUCUCCGUUGAUAAGAUUUGUCGUCCGCCAUCGGAAGCUCGCGGACGCGAAGAACAUGUUGAAGAUUGAGAGGAGAACUUUUUGUUUUUAUUAAAUUGAACAUAGCUUAAGUUGUUCGACAACUUCUGUACAAAUUGUUAUAAGUCGUGAAAAGAAAUAUAUUACUAUGAUGAUUCGAGCGUUUCGUUUCAUUUCCCUCCGAAUCAUCGUCGAGCCGGGUGAUAAAUAAAAGUCUCCCGCAUCGGUAAUACUGGUUUAUUGAGUGCGCGUUUACAGGUAUUUCGAGUCAUUCGAUGCGUCGAAUCGGCGUUCGGCGCCGGCUCGAAGCGCAUCAUCAUCGCAUACAUCGUCAUAUCACACGAGCGGGCGAGGGCGCGGCCCCGCUUCAAAACGUCUACAAAAAUAUUCACAUCUGCGCCGCCGCCCCGCGCAUACAAAAAUAAACAUUAUGUAUAUAGGGUCGGGUACAAAACGAUACACUCUUAAGGACUAGGUGGCCGGGCGCGCGGACGUUAGCAGGGCGGGUCGGAGCGCGCGGGGGUGGGCGGGGCGGGCGGGGCGGCGCGGGGGUGCGGCGUGGGGCGGCGCAGCAGGGCGGGCUUGGCGGCCAGCGCGGGCUUGAGCGACCCGCCCGUCAGCGUGAGGUCGGCGAACUUGGCCGCCACGCGCGCCGUGUUGCGCGCCGGCACGGGGCUGCCCGUGCCCGUGUCGCUGCCCGCCUCGCUGCCCGUCUCGCUCCCGGAGCCGGCCUCGUGCGGGGCGACCGUCGCGUCACCAUCCGACGCGGCGAUACUGUCUCCCUCCGGUUUAGCGUCCUCCGGACCGGGUGUUCGCCUGUUCAGAUAAAACUAGCGAUGAAGCUCCAAAACCUUGGACGAGACAGAAAUUCUACAAUAUUCAUCCACGUGAAACGACCUGAAUAAACUAUAUGUAAAAAUGAAAUUGACGCGUUCAACAUUAAAGUCCUUUCAGAAACAGGAAUAGGUCAUAGAUCACGACAUGAUCGGUGAUUUAGUGUACUUUAACCAAUACUAAAAUUUAGUCCGACUCUAAGACCGCAAUAAAUCACUGUAUCAUGUCAGGUUGUGGUGCAAAUGCACGAGGGUCGAACUCCACACGACGGGAUCUACAAAAAUCGAAAUAAAUAAUAUUUGAAUUAAAAAAAAAUACAAAAAUGUUUCAGUAUCUAAACUAUCAGUUACAAUUUUAAGACGACUAUAUCUUUAUCAGAUCAGUGCUGUGACCUUAUGUUGCAGCGUUGAAUGAGUAGUGACCAUUUUGGUUAUAAUAAUUUUGUAUGCCUAUGUAUAUAAUAAUAUUCUAUAACCACUAUAAUCUACUUUUGUUAUAACCAAUAAACUUGUUUGAUUUGAUUGUUAUUAUGCCGGCACUUGACUAUUCGUGUUUGCUAUUUGUAAACACGACUUCAGUCUGUCCUUUUCAUUCCUUGUAGAACAUGAUAAGAACAAACCGAUAUCAUGUUUACAAAUAGCAAACACGAAUAGCCAAGUGAAGUACAGACAUUUAGUAUCAAAUUUGUGUUGAAUAAAACAGACAACUGACCUGCUAGCAGGUCGUUUCUUGAGCGUGUCCCGAUUAUGAAGGAAAGUGUCGGCGGAGUCUGAUGCGGCGUCCGCAGUCACAGGGGCGGGUGAAGGGGUGGGGUCGGGCGCGGGGUCGGACGCAGGGUCGGACUCGGGCGCGAGGGCGGGGUCAGGGUCGGGGGCGGGGCCCGGGCCGGUCGCGGCGCGCGCGGGCAGGUCCAGCACCAGGUCCGGAGUGCUCUCCGCUAGCCGCCUGCUGCGGACCAACCAGGUUAUCGACGAUCGACAAACACUCAUAAGCUGGGCUGUUGACAUAGCAAGCCCCGUGCGGACAACACGCUAUACCUAUGAUCUGUUUGGUAGCAUUGAGAUGAUUAUUUCUAAUACAAUAAUUAUAUGAUGUAUGGCGUUCCAUGAAACGAAAGAGAAUUUUUACACACUCUCCGCUUUUUAAAGGCGCUUGUUAUAUCAAUUCCCUUUUAGGGGCACGUAAAACAUUCCAUUUAAGGACGGGUAAUAGAGAGACAACAUUGAAACUGCGAUUUUAGUCCUACUGUUACUAAAAUGACAUUUAUUGGGUAAGAUGGUAGGUGAUUACAAAAAAUCCCCAUACUCGUCUUGAAGCGAGAAUUACAAGUGGAUAUGAAUGGAUAUACCUGGAAACUUGUACUGGCGAAGGUUACCACUGUUAAUUGCUUGGGUAUGAUUUUUACAAAUAUGGCAUCGUAGAAGUGUUGAACUGUAUUCCCAUCGAAGUAAAGGUUGUGGUCAACGUAUUCAAUAAUAUGUCGUCUAGAAUUACAACUAAGAUGAUGAUAUUAGAAAAAUAUUUCCUUUGACAAGUGUAGCGUGAGAGUCCCACAAAUUAAUGUAAAAUGAAAAGAGAAUAAUUAAUUUCGCAAUUUAAUUAAACUAGUAAAAAAUGGUAAACGGUUAUGGGAGGAGCACACUCGGUAUGAAUGCUGGGCAAUGUGAAUUAAAAUAAACUACAAACGAUUGCACAUACUAAACCGGGUAAUAAGCAUAGAUUAAAACAAAAAGGGCAAAUACGGCACUAGCCUCACAAAAGUGAUCCGCACAAAUUGUAAUUGUGGUCCACGACCCUAAUCGAGUCACAACUUGACAUGCAAACGACGUACAUGUGAACGCCAAAAAGAAAUAUUGAUAAUAUUUUGUGUUUAUAUGAUAAAACAAUGCCUAAGUAUGUUUUUAAAUAAAAAGUGCUCAAAUUGCUCAAAAACUAAAAAUAAAACCCACGGUAUCACUUUUCAUUCGUAAGUACUAUAAAAUAUAUUUUUUCAUAAAAAUUGCUGUUUGUUUUGAAUCUUAUUCGGUAGUGCCGUCGCGUACUGGUCGCGUGAUUGGUCGGUAGUGCAGUGACGCGGAUCGCCCCGUCUCGUUCGCGCUGCCGUUGAAACUUAACGUGCUGUUUCGUUCGGGUCGGUAAUGCAGUGACGCGGAUCUCGCCGUCCCUUUCGCGCUGCCGUGGGAUCAGUUUUUGUUUGAUGCAAGUAUGAGCGUACCGUAUCUACCCUUUUUGUUUUAAUCUAAGGCAAUAAGUUAACUAAUGACCGCGCGCUAUAAUUCGGGUCGAAUGCACUGUAGGUCGCAGAACAAGCACACCGGAUGUGAUGGUAUAAGGAUAGCAAUAGUUACCUGCAGUGCGGCGUAGAGACGGGGGGCAGGUCUGCUUGGGGCGCGGCCGCGGGCGCGGGCUCGGCCGGCUCCUGCGGACCACACACGGCUACUGUACAGUACACUACCCAACCGCACGCCGCAUCACUCCCAUCCCCUCCCCUCCCCUCCACCCAUCUACCCCAACUCUAACCCUGCAAGCAACCUCCCUCCCCCAGGGUCGUGCCCAGAGUUGUAUUUAAGACUAGCGGCCCGCCCUCGCUUCGCUUCGGUGUAGAGCUGAAGUGUAGACUACAGUUUUUGUUCUAAGGCUUGUAUUAUACACAAUGAAAUUCAUCUAUGAUUCUUCUUAUACCUGCAUGCAAAGUCUCAGCCCGAUCGGUUUAAAAUUGGCGAAGUUUCAUACAAACUUUCAUUCCCUAUUUUAUCCCCUUGGGGGUAGAAUUGAUCAAAAUCCUUCCUCAGCGGAUGCCUACGUCAUAACAUCUACCUGCAUGCCAAAUUUCAGCCCGAUCAGUCCAGUAGUUUGGACUAUGCGUUGAUACAUCACUAUGUCAGUCACUCACCUUUGAGUUUUAUAUAUAUAGAAAAAUAGGCCUUUCACAAGCUGCCGCCUCGUUUAAGCUAAGCCAUUGCACCACAAUCCCCCGCCUCUAGCUACAACCCUGUCCCUGCCUCGGUACUUGUAAUCUUUAAUGUCCUAAACAUGAUGUAUGCUCAUAAAUCGAAAUUCGAUCUUGUAAACUGGUCCUGAAUAAACAUUUAUUAUAAUUAUGUAACUACAAAAUAAGCUAUAUUAAUAACUAGUGGCCCGCCGUCGCUUUGUUUCGGUGUAGCAGGGGACCUCUAGUUGUGACAUAACUGUAAUAGAUAGACAUAUGGUAUCGCGGAUUUUUUUGUAGAUAUUGUUAUCCUCUAUAAAACUUUAGUACAUCACUUUGCUCUAUUAUCAAUGACUUCUACAGCGUACGCGAUAUAAUGCUAUUUUUUGGUAUAUUUUACACAAGUUAGGUUACAUUAUCGAAGUUUUCAUACGGAACCCUAACUUUUUUAAAAAUACGAUAUAGCCUAUAUUAAUCAGUGAUAAUGUAGCAACAAAUGGUGAAAGAAUUUUUAAAAUCGGUCCAGUACUUUUUGAGCCAAUUCGUUACAAACAUGCUUACAUACAAACUUUUCCUCUUUAUAAUAUUAGUAUAGAUAAUUUAGAAAUAAUCAUGAUACAACAUUGACGGAUAUAAACAAGUAGUCGAAGUGCAUCAAAAAACGUGAAUGGCGCUGGGAUAUAUAAAUACAAUUAUAGAGAUAACAUUAACACAUUUGUUCGAUUUAAACAUUAUAUCGUGACAGUAAGAUUCAAUUUUAAUUGUACACGAGAGAGAAAGAGUUUGAUUACGGUACGAGAGAGACCCACGAUCACGUGACGCGCGGGGCGUUGGGCGACCACCAAAUCAGGUAUUUUAUUGUAGCUAUUUAACAAAAUUAUGUAAUUAUCUUGGCAGCAUAAAUAAUUACAUAAUUUUGUUAGUGAAAGAGAUACUUACCCGAAUUACAAAACACCACCUUUUUAGGUGUAGAUCUGGUGACAUUUGCACAGUUUUUAACCGAACACUUUCUCAUUGCUUGGCGUUGUAAUCAAAACGCGGUCGAAACACGACUGUUUGAAAAUUACGCACAAGAAACACGUGCGCAUAAUUUUUCUACCGAUGCGUUUUGAGCGUAUUGUGAGUCUACUUAUUUUAAUACAUCAAUGUGAUGCAAGUACAAAUAUUUGUUCUCAUCGCACAAACUAAUGCCUAUUCUAGGAAUCGAACCUAGAGCUGAGAAGGCAGGAUAGCUGCUGUUUCAUCAACAUCAAUGUAAAAUUAGCUUGAUGAAUUAGAAUACCAUUUCAUUUAUUGAUUGGGUUAGAGACAACUUUCGGUCCCCCGUUUAAGAAACACAGGUUUGCUCAUGGAGUAGGGGUGAUAUUUACUAUUGUAAAAGUUAAUAUUGGAGAACAAGUGCAGACACAAAACAUUUGUAUAUAACACAUAGCAUUAAAAAUACAUUAAAUUGCAAACUACGACCAUACUAUUGGCACAAAAAAACAUGUUUUUGACAAAAGAACUAUAAAGGUCGAUAUUUCGGUCAGCAAGUGAUCAUUAGUAGUAAGAAAUUCAUAAUUUUCUUUUGGUUUCUGGUAUGGGGACCACUUAAUUUCAAUCGAACGGAUAAGUGAAAACCAGUUCGUGGAGCCAAUUUUUAAAACACAAUUGCUUAAAAAAUAUUAUAUAAAACUGUUUCACAUAAGUGGUCUGCCAUUGGUUGAAAUAAAGAUGUCAAUACGGACAGAGUAAGAAAAGAUUGUCUUUACGCGUUACUAACUCUUCCUCAUUAUAAUAAAUUGUUAUUCAAAUCAGUUUUUGUCUAGACCAAACCAAUGUCCAAUGCAGAUUAAUGAUGAGUAGUUCCAAAAUAUGUAUUUCAAAAACUAACACAGAUUGAUUAGGGGUGCUAUUAAUUAGAUGUUCUUGAUUGUAAUUUCUCAUUUUUUUUUAUUUUUGUUGAAGUGUCUCAAAACAUGCACCCAACACCAACUUCAUAUCGCGUCUAUUCACACACAGACACACACACACAAACACACACGCACGCAUACAUAUUUACAUAAAUAUAAAACAGAAGCGUAAAUUAAAACAAAAACAUGCAUAUUGUGAAACAAGUUUAUUGUUCAUUAUCACAUAACAAGCGUCACGGGCAGCGGACAGCGCCGGGCGCGGAGUUAGUAUAUCUCAGUCUUUGAUAAGGCAGUGUCUUCACGGAAGCAGAGCGUCUACCACGCACUCGACAUUAUAUAGUUACUUACAAAUAUAUUUUAAAUAAAAUAUUAUUAUUUUGUCUAUCGUCGAAGGAAAUUAUUAUACAUACUAUAAUAUGAAUACUAUUUCCAUUGUCUGCACAUCGAUAAUAUAAAAAAUCGAUGCAUCUCCACUUAACGAUUAUAAAGAAGUCUUUAUUUUGAAAUUUUACUAUUAAUAAAUUAUUGGUAUUCUUACAAUACAUAUAUUAUGUUCGUUUACAUGGAAAGCGGCGCCAAGCAUCAAUAUAUUGCCAAAACACCGUCACCUUAUUAAUAUAGAAUCUCAGUCUCAGGCAAGAUAUGUCAUUAUGUAUAAUAUACAAUCAUCAAUUCGAUGUAUUUAAUCGAUCAUUAGAAUAGAAUCGAGAGAACAGCUUAAAUGGCUGGGAACGACCGUCGUUUACACAGCAAUAAUACAAAUUAAAUGUUUAAUGAGUCAAAGGUCGCGCACACCGAGCGUUCGCAAGCUGAAUAACUAUGUAUAAAAAUAAAUACCGACAGCGCCCUCUCUUCGCCCGUAUUCAAUAUUUUCGAUGAUUUCGAAACGAUGAACGAUGAAACAAAACUUUAUUAUUGACAAGUGUUUAGACUUACAGGAAUUCAGGUCUUUUUAUACAGUUUCAAAAACAUCGAAUUUUUCGAUUUGAUUUGAUUACAUUACGUGUUACAAGUGAGUGCAGGACCUCCUGUUACAGGCAUCUUGAACGCUUACUUACAUGAUUUUUAAUAAUGAUGCUCAAUGAUUUAAAAUGAAACAUUAUCUUAAUUUCUAGGCUUCGAACAGGGACGUAGAGAGUGGGCCCCCAGCAAGCGCGCAGGCAGUCAUAUUGACACUACAAGCCACUACACAACAUCUUUCAUCAUCAACUUCACAGCUAAUCUUAUCUAAACAUGCCAUUGUGUAAAUAUUUCCAAUAUACAACAUACACGAAUAGCACCGUUCAUAAUUUAAAGCUUCUUUGAUUUCGUAUCGAACAACACGACUUGGAAAACGUACAAAAAAGCGUGCAUCGAACGAAACGUAAAAUAACAUAAAACGUAUAAAAUAUGGGAUAGUUUUAGUAACAGUAAACAAGUUACAGACGCACCACAGUUUACCCAAGCAACGUCCUCGUCUUCUUCUAAUCUUACUUUUAUUUAAUAAAACCUAAACUUAAUCCGACUUUUUUUCAAAGAGUUCUAUCCUAUAUCUGACAUUCAGACACAUAGAUAAAACAAUUCAGUCACCAUCAUCAAAACGCAAUUGAAACGACAAGCACUCAGAACAUUGUUUCGGUAAACUGACAGCUAAUUGUUUAACAAAAUAGUGUAGUAUAUAGACAUGCAGUGUUCUCACAGAGCACGCCCACUAGAAACCAAAUGUUAUGUAGUAAUACUACAAAGGCGUGCGACACGCUCCCAGACGUCGCGAUACAAGGUUGCACUAAUUUGUCAUCAGACCGCGGCUUACUCUUUCCGCACGCCGCCAGCUAUGCUGAUCAAAACUAUGUAUUCCACGAUUUCAUACCAAAAUUGAGUUCAGGGCGACAAGGCUCUUUAUCAAUGUGAGUGACAGCUCAGGGGGGGCGCCACUAUCUAUAACCGUAAUUGACAAACAAAAUAUGACGUUAAAAAAGACGGCGGCAUUAGUUAAAAUUUUCGUCACAUUUAUAAAGCUCCUUGUCGCACUAUGAUGCGGAAUCUAGCGGGCGUGAUUUGUGAGAGUACAGUGGUGUGAUGUGGUGUCAUACGGCGGUCUCGAACAGCGCUACCUGCAGGUCAUGAGCCGCCACACCGGCCGGGCCUGCUGCCUGCCCCGGACCCGGACC